AUGGCGUCGGGGGCCAGGGCUUCCGCAGCUGCGGACUCGCUCCGAGCCGUCAGCCCCGGCAGGGCGGGCGAGAAGGGGGUCUCCGCGUCCCCCGGGGACACGGCGGCCGCCGCCACCCUGAGAAGCACCGCGUCCGGGGUGCGCUCGGUGGUGGCCUCCCCUCGCCCGGUGAAGGGCAAGGCGGCCCGGGAGGCGACCCGGCGGCGGCUGCAGCUCCAGCCGGCGUCUCAGGCCGAGGGCCCGGGGGAGGCGGCCGGGCAGGAGGAAGAGGAGCCGCUCCUGUCGGUGCCCGAGGAGGAGGAGGACGAGGCGCAGCCCCUGCCCCCGGUCUGCGUGUCCCCCAUGAGGGGCAUGUGGCGGGACGAGAAGGUGGCGCUGUACUGCGACGCGGUGCUGCAGGGCUGUAAGGCAGAAGAUGCUGAUGAGGCCAUGAGUAAAUACCUAUCAGAAAAACUAAGGUUGAAAGACAAAUGGUUUGGAGUCUGGAAGACUAAUCCUGAGUUAUUCUUUGUGAAAUACGAAGAAGCUUCUAUACCUUUUGUUGGUAUACUGGUUGAGGUAACUUGUAAGCCAAGCCAAAACUCAUCAUCUUGUUUCAAAGUCACUGUUUCUGUUGCUGAUCCCUUUUCUUCCAACAUUGCAAAUAUCCCAAGGAAUUUGGUUAAUGAGAUAUUGGAGGAACUGGAGCACAGCGUGCCUCUCUUGGAAGUGUAUCCUGUGGAGGGACAAGACGCUGAUAUACGUGAUAUUGCUCUGGCCUUGGAAGUUGUAAGAGUUCAUGGACCUUUCUUUCCAAGAAUUCUGAGGCGUAGGAAAGGAAAAAGAGACUUUGGGAAGACUAUAACACACAUUGUAGCAAAAGUGAUGACUACUGAAAUGGUAAAGGAUUUAUCUUCAGACACACUUCUGCAGCAGCAUGAUGAUUUGGAUUUGGCUUUGGAUAGUUGUUAUAGUGGAGAUACAGUAGUUAUUUUUCCAGGAGAAUAUCAAGCUGCAAAUCUUGCUUUAUUGACCGAUGACAUCGUUAUAAAGGGAGUUGGAAAGAGAGAGGAAAUUUUGAUUACUUCUGAACCUUCCCAUGACAGUUUCGUGGUGUCCAAAGCUGAGAAUGUGAAACUAAUGCACCUAUCUUUGAUACAACAAGGGACAGUUGAUGGUAUCGUGGUGGUGGAAUCUGGCCACAUGACUCUGGAAAACUGUAUUUUAAAAUGUGAAGGAACAGGAGUGUGCGUUCUUACAGGGGCUGCUUUGACAAUUACAGACAGUGAAAUAACGGGUGCCCAGGGUGCUGGUGUUGAACUGUAUCCUGGGAGCAUAGCCAUUUUGGAAAGAAAUGAAAUUCACCACUGUAAUAACCUCAGAACUAGUGACAGUUCAAAAAGCACCUUAGGUGGAGUUAAUAUGAAGGUUCUUCCAGCACCCAAAUUGAAGAUGACUAAUAAUCAUAUUUACAGCAACAAUGGCUAUGGAGUAAGCAUUCUCCAACCAACAGAACAGUAUUUUAUUGUAGCAGAAGAUGCUUUGAACAAAGGGGCUGCUUCAGGAGAUAAAAAAGAUGAUACAGUGCUCUCCAAAGUAAUGCAAAAUCUAAAUCUGGAAAUGAAUAAUAAUAAGAUAGAAGCAAAUUUAAAGGGGGAUAUUAGAAUAGUCACAAGUUAA